AUGGGGUUCUUUAUCCUCAAAUCCGUUCAGGCGGCGGGACCGCGGGACGUGUGGCGGAGGCUGCGGGAGCUGUCGCAGCGCUGGCUGCGGCCCGAGGAGCGCAGCAAGGAGCAGAUCAUGGAGCUGCUGGUGCUGGAGCAGUUCCUGAGCAUCCUGCCCGAGGACAUCCAGAGCUGGGUGUGGGUGCGGCACCCCGAGUCCUGCGCGCAGGCCGUGGCCUUGGCCGAGAGCUUCCAGCUGGGGCGAGCAGAUCCCGACGGGAUUUGGGAGCAGCAGGUGACCGUGAGGGUGAAGGUGGAGGACGUGGCCCCGGGGGAUGUGGAGGACCCUGCAGCUUUGGGGGUCCCACCCAGCACCCCCUCGGAUUCCCCCCGGGAGGAGGCGGCUCCGGGCAAGGAGAAGGCGGUGGUGGCUGAGGAAGAGGAGCCACAAGAAGGAGGUCCCACCACGGCCCCAGAGCCGCCCCAACCCUGCGGGAAGAGCUUCGGCCGCCUGACCCACCUGAAGACCCACGAGCGGACGCACACGGGGGUGAAGCCCUACGGCUGCGGCGCCUGCGGCAAGCGCUUCGGCCACCUGUCCACGCUGACCACGCACCGGCGGCUGCACACCGGCGAGCGGCCCUACGGCUGCGGCGCCUGCGGGAAGAGCUUCACCAACCCCUCGGACCUCAACAAGCACCAGCGCUCGCACACGGGCGAGCGGCCGUACCCCUGCCCGGCCUGCGGCAAGCGCUUCAGCCAGCAGUCCAACCUGACCAUGCACCGCCGCAGCCACACCCAGGAGCGGCCCUACCCCUGCCGGACCUGCAGCAAGAGCUUCAAGUACCUGGCGGACCUGACGGUGCACGAGCGCUCCCACACCGGCGAGCGGCCCUUCCCCUGCGGCCACUGCGGCAAGAGCUUCAGCAACAAGUCCUCGCUGGCCCGGCACACGCGGAUCCACGCCAGGGACAAGUGACGGCGGCUGGGGGGCGGUGGUGGCCGUGGGGGGACAGCGCUGGGUGGUGUCGGAUCGGGGGAUGAGGCCCCGUGAGCCUGGUGGCUCCAGGUCUUUGAUCCUGGAGAUGGGAGCGGUGUUGCCCAGGAGCUGGUGGCCCCAGGACUGUCCUGAGGUGGCUCAAACAUGGAUGAGGAUGGACGUGAGCUGAUGGUUGAUGUCUCCCAUGGCCUGGUGGCUCCAUCAUCCCAGUCCCUGCUCCUGGAGAUCCAGAAGGAUAACGGGACCAUGACUGAUGGGCCCCGUGAGCCUGGUGGCUCCAGAUCUUUGAUCCUGGAGAUGGGAGCGGUGUCCCCCGGGAGCUGGUGGCCCCAGGACUGUCCUGAGGUGGCUCAAACACGGAUGAGGAUGGACGUGAGCUGAUGGUUGAUGUCUCCCAGAUCCCGUUCCCUGCUCUCAGAGGUCCAACAUGGGUGGGAUUGAUGUCCCCCGGGAGCUGGUGGCCCCAGGACUGUCCUGAGGUGGCUCAAACACGGAUGAGGAUGGAUAUGAGUUGAUGGUUGAUGUCUCCCAUGGCCUGGUGGCUCCAGCAUCCCGUUCCCUGCUCUCAGAGGUCCAGCAUGGGUGGGAUUGAUGUCCCCCAGGAGCUGGUGGCCCCAGGACUGUCCUGAGGUGGCUCAAACACGGAUGAGGAUGGAUAUGAGUUGAUGGUUGAUGUCUCCCAUGGCCUGGUGGCUCCAUCAUUCCUUGUUCCCUGCUCCCAGAGAUCCAGUGUGGGUGGUGGGAUGUCCCUCAGGACCUGCUGCUCUGGGAUCCCGCUCCCUGCGCUCAGAGGUCCAGCAUGGGUGGGAUUGAUGUCCCCCGGGAGCUGGUGACCCCAGGACUGUCCUGAGGUGGUUCAAACAUGGAUGAGGAUGGACAUCAGUUGAUGGUUGAUGUCU